AUGGCUACAUUUACCUCAACAAUAUUGCAUUUUUAUAGGCCCGAUCUGGCUGAAACUGUUCUUCACCAAAAAAUAAGCCUUGGAGAGAAAAAAAAUGACUGUGAAGAUAUUCUUGCAGCUACAUGUGCAUUACUCAACUCUGGUGGUGGAGUACUAGAGAUAAAGUUAGAGAAUUAUUCACAUCUGGGAGAUAGUAAGUGGAAAAAGUUGGAUAGCAUUUGGCAGACAUUUGAGAACAAAUUGGCACCUGCAAUACAGCCAUUGAGCUACUCUGACCUCAUUGACCGUAAAAUGGAAAAUGGUGUGAUCUCUUUUUUUAUCAAGGCACCAGAUCACUUGAUUACUUUAGAAUACAAUUUGUUUCUGGCUGGUGAUGCCAGAACACAUGAAGCAUCUUUCAAUAAAACAUUAGAGCUGCUUGCAGAUACACCACGGUGUAAAUUUUCUCUUGAAAAACUUCCUUGUCUGCGUGUAACUUUUGUUUACGAGAAGACACUGGAUUUUCAUGAGUCAAGAGUAGUUCAACUUAAAGAUUACAGUUCCAGCUCUCAUACAGUAGUAGAGAAAAUCAAUAAAGAAAAAUAUGGUAUCCAAAAACAAUUAUCUGCCUUUGCCAAUGUAACUGGAGGGAUAGCUCUCCUUGGGAUAUCAGAUAAAAGCAUUGUACAUGGUUAUCCUAUGGACUUUGACGAAUUCAGUUUUAUAAAGUGUGAACGAGUAGUGGAGUCUCUCAUUGAAGAAAUGGAGUGGUGUUGUACUCCUCGGAGAUUUACUCACUGGAAUGUGAAAUUCUUCCCAGUUCAGAAUAAGGAAAAUCAUUUUGUUAUUGCAAUUUAUGUUGCUGGAAUGGAAGGUGCUGUGUUUGCUAGAGGUCCAAAGAGCUAUAAGGUGGUACAGGACACUGCUCACCUCCUUACCUUUAAAGAGUGGAAGCAACGCGUGACAAGUGGUAAACACAUGCUAGAAGUUGUAAUGAAAAGAGGAGUCUUGAAAAGGAAGGUAGCAAAGUUUCAAAAACGUUUCUUGGCCAAGGGAGUUUUACUGUCUCCAAAAGACUCUGUUGGAGAAAUCAGGGAAUCUUUCUUCAAAGUUUCAGAAGGAUGUCCAAUUUAUCCAAGAGGUUUUGAAGAAAACCUACCAGAAGAAGCAAAGUUAAUUGUAAAAUUGAUCCAGCAGAGGCAUGCUUCCAGCCGUGCUUGUAUUGUGGCUGCCCCAUCCUGGCGUGCUUGCAUAAAAAGAAGGGCAAGAGAUGAAGCUUGUCAGCGGGAUAUCUUUUGUGAUUUGCUUCUAUUUGAUCGUCAACUGGGAGGUUUACACCUUUUUACCCUUAUUAAAUCAUGCUCUACCGUUAAGCUGGGCAGGUCCUAUAGCUACAAUGUUGCUAAAACCUUGAAGAAAGCCCUUGUUCUUGAUGGAGGCUGCUAUGAAAGGUUCUACAUUGGCUACCAUGUGGUACAUUGCCACCGUUGCAACUCUGAAUUUCAGCCUGAGUUCUGUUCAAACCUGGGAAACCGUUACCCUAGCGAGUACACGUGUCAGGAGAAAGAGGACAAUGAAGAAAAGUUGAACGGGAUUCUUGAAUCAUUGAUAAGCAUCUUAGCCGCAGUACCAUCAAUCCUGUCCACAAAGGAAAAAAUCUGCUUCUACAAUCUGCUGACUGAGGAACAGUUUGAAUUAUUGUACGAUGAAAUUAACCACUCUAGAGAAUUGUGGAUAAAGGGUGCACCUGGCACUGGAAAGACUCUUGUGGCUGUCGAAUUCAUGAAGGAACUCCGUAACCGUGACCCCAGCCUACGCAAGGAGGAAAUAUUGUAUGUAUGUGAGAACGUUGGACUCAGGCAUCAAAUAAGUACCAUGAGUCGCAAAAAGUUCCUCGCAGUGCCCGCCGUGCAAGAAAGUAUAACCAUGGUGAAGCACGUUAUAAUGGAUGGACUGGAGAAUUUUAGAGAGGAAGAGCAGAGAUCCUCCACCGGCUGGCUGGAAAAGGGGAGACGUGUUGUUAGCCACAAUUUAAAUUGCGGAUAUCUCUGGCUCUUCUUUGAUGAUAAACAGAUAAAUCACAAUCUUUACACAGGCAUGCCAGAUGAAAGGGAACGGGUGCCUCUGAAAUGCUUAACAAAGGUUGUUAGAAAUUCUCAACGUAUCAUGGAAUAUGCAUCAAAAUGCCACGAACAUGGCACAAUUCCCUUUGAAAUGGGUCACGAUUUUAAAGGUGAACACGUUGAAGAGAGAAGCUACCGGAACGGUUGUCAAAUUUCGACUUUGAGGGAGAUUAUCAAAUCGCUUUACAGUGAAGGGUAUGAUGCUGGAGAUAUCGCCAUUUUAUAUGGUGAUAAAAAAGCUAUCCCCCCAAAUCUUAAAUUCGCAUUGUCUCUCGGAAGAAUAGUCAAAGCCACGUGUAAUGAUGAAAAUUGCCUUGUUGUGAGCACUUUUCACAAAUACAGCGGACUACAUAGACCAGUUGUCAUACUUGUAAAUGUUGCAUCUGAUUGUCCAGAGCGAGGCAAAAAUGCCAUGUACUGUUGUGCCACUCGUGCAAUGGUCAAACUCAUUGUUUUAACACAGGAAUGAUUUUUUUUAACACGGGAAGAUUUUUUUUAACCCAGGAAGAAUCUCUCAAUCCAAGAAAAGGGUCGAACCCUUUUUUGGAUCCGUGGAUUUCUUUGUUUGUCGGCGAAUAUAACCAGUUGGGUGGUGGAAUCUAAGAGGUCCAGGUUCUUACGUAUGGUGUGUUUUUUCUUCUUUACUCUCGGUAAUGUUUUUGCAUAUAUAUUACCAGUAACCAUUUACCUUUUGCCACCUAUUUAAUUAUCUAAAUAGUUUUCAUACCCUAGAAUUACAUGCACGACCACUCUUGCCUGUUCAGAAGUUCACCUGUGAUGAAGAAGGAGUAUAUAUAGACUAAAAAAUAGGUAUACCUCUCACAAUCUAGCGAGUCCAGAAUUUGUACUGCCCUAACUUAGUAUCAUUAAGUAGAGUAACUUUUGUUACUGAUGACGAUUUUAAGUUUUAUUGCCUUUUGUCUUUUAGUGUAUACAUAUUUAUAGAAUUUAGUUUUUGUUGCUUUUAUAUGACCAACUGUUGUACAUUUUCAGUUUUUAGUUUUAAGUAUAUUCUUAGACUGUGGAUUACCUGCAAACAAGCAGGUUAAGUUAAGUUUAAACUCCACGUUACAGAAAGUAUUUUAUCUAACUUUAACCUAUAUCCUUUGCAUAGAGAGUGAUGAGAGUUAGAUUUGUUCUUAAACCAUGCAUAUUUUCCUAGAGUCAACAAGAAAAAUUACGCAGUGUAUGCACUCUAAAAAAGUCCAAGUUUCAGUUGUAAAUGUUAGUCAACAUUUUUAUUUUUAGCUUUAAUAUCUAGAUAAAGUUAAAUUUUUAACAUUGUAAUGCGCAAUUGAAAAUUUUAUAUUGAUAAUUGCGCAAUAUAAGUCAAUGAAUUGUUAUUAAAUAUAGUCUUAAAUGGAUAAAAAUACAUAUGCAAACUUGCCUGGUGUGACUGAUUGAAAA